CCAGUCCAUCCACCUUUCGGCCUUUGCGUAACGCCUUCCUUUUUAAUCUCCCCUCUCACACACCCGCCUUUGCAGUCCUUGCCUUGCCGUUCUGCGCGCGCCGCUUUGCCCAUUCGCUUUUGCUCCCUCCCUCCCUCGUGCGCUUGGAAUUGGAGGGCCGGCAUGGCGGAAGAGCAGCAGCAGAGGUGGCAGGAGGAGGGCCACCACCGGCUGUGCGCCAACAACUGCGGCUUCUUCGGCAGCCCGGCCACGCUCGACCUCUGCUCCAAGUGCUACUGCGAUCGCCACGGCCAGCAAGCGCCCGCCGCCUCGCCCUUCUUGCUCUCUUCCUCCUCCGCCGCCGCGGCCGCCGCCUCGGAACCGUGUGCCGCGGCCGCCUCUGAGUCGUCGUACUCGGCGCCGGCGCCGGCGCCGGCGGCGAAGGCGGGCAGGUGCGCGAGCUGCAGGAAGCGGGUGGGGCUGACGGGCUUCACGUGCCGGUGCGGGGUCACCUUCUGCGGGACACACCGGUACCCGGAGCGGCACGCCUGCGGCUUCGACUUCAAGGCCGCCGGCCGCGACGCCAUCGCGCGCGCCAACCCCGUCGUCAAGGGCGACAAGCUCAAGGAGAAGAUCUGACCCUGUCAACGAAGCACGGAAGGGGUCGCCACGAUCAAAUCAACUCGCCUCCUCAACGCCAAGAGGAGCAAAAUUGAAGACGGGUUCCAAAUAGUUACUACUGCUGUAAGCUCUGUCUCUGCUGUAUGAUGUCGAUGAAAUCAAUCGUCAACUGUUGAAAUGAAAAAUUCGUUUCGAAUAAAUUCUACUACCCCCAUUUAGAA